UUCAGCAAACAGUAUACUAUGCUGUUAUUUCAAAUUAAUUGAAUAUCAGCAAAAACCGUAUUGUAAUUAACACCGGGAAGUAACAGUGUCGUAGUGCUACCAACAGAUCAAGUGAUUUUAAUCAUCUGUCUCUUCAAUAAGUGACAGAUAAGAUAAUUUUCUUGUAUUCCUCAGUAAUCUCAGUACAUUAGCAGUGUCUGAAAUAACAAGUCAUGUUUCCGUUCGUUAUUUUCACACUUGUGACACUAGCAAGUGCCGAUUAUUGGUCAGAAAGAGCCAAACUGGUCACUUCCGACUCAAGCCAGGCCAUUGGUUCGUCAAUAAUCCUAUCACCCAAAGAACAAGAAGUUAACAAAAUUUUAAUGAACCACAAACUCAAAGAAUACGAUGACGGUUUCAAAAACCCACGUACUUUUCUCCCAUCCAUACAUUUCUUCAAGUCAAAGAGUGGAAUUGAACAAUCACCAGUGUUUGACUUUAUACGAAAACUACCAAAAGGGGCAUCGCUUCAUUCACACGACACUGCCCUAGUCUCGCUUGACUAUCUUUACAAUCUGACCUAUCGUGAGAAUUUGUACGGGAGUGUGGUCAAAAACAGACUCCAGUUGCAUUUUUUUGACAAACCACCAACAAGUGACUGGGAAUUGGUGGCAGACCUACGGUCACGCAACACCUCCUUCGAUAAGUUCCUCAAGUCACAAUUGUCCAUAAUUGUGGACGACCCUUCCAGCGAGUAUCCUUCGAUUAACGAUGUUUGGAAUAGAUUUGCGGAGACGUUUUACACCGUUUUUGGUCUAGUGGCUUAUAGACCAGUCUUCCAGGACUACUUCUACCAAACACUUAAAGAACUGUACGAAGACAAUGUCAUGUACUUGGAGUUUCGUGGACUCCUCCCCCAGGUCUACGAACUCAACGGUACAGUGUACAACCACGUGGGAGUCGUCCAACUGUACUUGGAGACACUCCAACGCUUCAAAUGCGAUUAUCCCGACUUCCACGGUGCGCGAUUUAUUUUCGCCCCAAGUCGUAACGUGGACAACAAAACCGUCGAAGACUACGUCACAAUAACCAAAGAACUGAGACAGUUAUUCCCCGAUUUCGUGGCCGGUUUCGACCUGGUGGGGCAGGAGGACUUGGGCAAACCCCUCGUUGACUUCAUCCCCCAGCUCCUCGAACUCGCCGAAACCGACACGAGAUUCUUCUUCCACGCUGGUGAGACCGACUGGGGCGGCACCUCCACCGACUUGAACGUCUUCGAUGCCGUUUUGCUCAACACCACCAGGAUUGGGCACGGGUUUGCGCUCGUGAAACACCCCAAAAUUUUGGAAGAGGUGAAAAAACGCCAAAUUGCUAUAGAGAUCAGUCCGAUUUCGAAUCAAGUCUUGAAGCUUGUUGAUGAUUUGAGGAAUCAUCCAGGGGCGUUUUUGGUCAAGUCUGGGUUUCCGGUUGUGAUAACGUGUGAUGAUCCGACUUUUUGGGGGGCGAAGGCUUUGAGUUAUGAUUGGUAUUUGGCGUUUAUGGGGUUUGGGGGAAGGGAGGGGGAUUUGAGGUUGUUGAAGCAGUUGGCGUUGAAUUCGUUGGAGUUUAGUGCGAUGGCGGAGGACGAGAAGUGUGAUGCUUUGGCCAAGUGGGAGGAGCAAUGGGAGGUGUUUUUGGAUGGGGUUGUGGGAGGGGGGAAGUGGGGGUUAAGUGAUUGGAUUAGUGUAAACAAGGUUUGAUUUUGUGUGAAUAAAAUUAUUGAUUGAA